AUGGUUGCCGGCCUUACCAUCCUCCUCAGCGUCGGCUGCCUCUCCAUGGUCUCCGUCUUCGCUUACUUUUGCUUGGCCAUCCUUUGUUGCACAGCCGCGUGGCGUGUUUAUUACGACCUCGUUGGAUCGAAGAAGACUGAUCCAUCGUCAGUACCCCCUAAACCCUUCAAGUAAGCUCGUUGUCGUUGGCAAUUGAUUCUGACACCAACUAAGCUGAUGGGGCUUAAAAUAUCCCGUCUGCCAAAUAUUCUAUAUUUCUGUCGCGUCCUUCGUCAAUUCAAACAGGCCACUGAUUCAGUUCCGAAAUUUCUUUGGUUUUUGAAGGUUAUUUUACUUGACUUAAUGAAUCACCGAACUGGGUCAUGCAAAAGACGCCUCGGUGUCGCAAAACUGCCGUUUAUAACAGUCGAGGUCUUUGGCACGGAAAUUCAGUGUUGCCUUACGAUCCGAGUUGAGGGGAAUGGGUUGUCUGUUAGCCUAACUGCUGGCCACCCGGCGCGUCCACAGGUGGCGGAUAGUGAAACGGCCUUCAGUGAAGGUUAGCCACAAAAUAAGCAGACCCAGGUCUGACGAAUAAUCAGUCGCGGGCCAGCAGCGACAGUGCUGCCAGGGCUGAGGUCUGGUAUGCUGAAAGUCUUAUGAAAAUGCCGCAAAGCCCGUUGACGGCACUGUGACAUGGCGACCGUGAAUCGCCAUUAAGUAAGUUUGUCUGUCACCGCUCCUUUUGGUUGAGCUUUUAAGCUAAAGCGCUAGAGGAGACAACAUUGAACAAACAAUCCAAACGGCGGUUGGGGACCUGCAUGUACCCAAAAUUCCCAUGGAACCGUGAAAUAUGUCGGACAACAGUAUUACGACCCAUGCCAGGGCGCUCGUGGGAACUGACGAGCUCCGCAACCCUGGUGCAGUUGUGCGGGCGAAUAGUCUGUAAGCUGGACUGCUCAAUCGGGACGGACUCUUGGUGCUGGAUGCUGGAGUGUGCUAACGUUCCUGUACCUCGGUACUCAAAGUCUGACUGCGCACAGCCGUAGUCGGUGCAACGUGGAUGUCUGCUGUCUGAAGCCCGACUGCCUGACUCAGGCUCUCGAGAAAUAAAGAUCCCUGGAGUCGAAUCACACUUCACACUACCACAGCGGCCCACGCGACUCUUCCGGUAGACACGGUGUGGCUGUCGCUUUCUCGCAACCAGCGGACCUCGCCUGAUUUGCUUGGGAACCAGUCAACGACCGGAUGACCUACGUGCGACUGAAGGAUCACUUCACGAACAUCUCAAUUGUCUCUGUGUACUCACCAACUUCAGCUGCCGAACAGCACGAUGAAGAGGCGUUUUACUCGCAUCUACAAGCGUUACUUGAACGACUCCCUCUCCGCGAUCUGUUGAUUGUUGCCGGGGAUCGGAAUGGUCUGACUGGACCUGGCGACUCCAUAAACAGUCAUCUUCUUGGCCACUUUGGGCUUGCUUCUCGAUGUGAAAAUGGCGAGAGAUUGCUGAACUUCGCUGGUCAGAACGGGCUGGUUGUCACCAACACGUGUUUCCAGUAUCGCGAAGAACACCUGCCGACCUGGUAUUCAAACGACGGUAAUUCUGCCAGUCAGAUUGAUUACAUACUAGUCAGCUGAAGAUUCCGCGGCUGGGUUCCAAGUAGCAGAUUGAUGCGUGGUGCCGAGACUGGUAACGCCCAUGGGUCGGACCAUGUCCUCGUUCGUACACGCUUGAAAAUUCACUUCUCAUCCGUGCCAAAAAUGCCGCGUCCUAGACUCCUCGGUGUCGCAAAAAUCCGGUAAGCCAGCAUUGCAGAGGCCCUGAGCAGAGAAAUCCGGUCUUGUUUUACGACCCGAGCCGACGGGGAAGGCAGUAACCAGCGGUCGUCACUGAAAACGUCAGCAUAUGGGGCAGCUGAGAAAAUCAUUCGAUAUACCCAACGACGCCGCAGUGAGUUGAUCAGCGGAAGAAUCCUGCAGUUGUCUGCUCAGAUGGCCCGAGCCACGUCCCGUAAUGAUGAUUCCUUCCGCCAGCUCCGAAAGAUAUCUGCAAAGUCAGCCAGGGAUGACCGGAAACCAUAUUAAGCCGAAAUAUCGGUCGCCACGAAUUGGCCUCGUGCGUUGGUGACACCCGAAAACUCGACCAACUUAUCCGCUAAGUUAGUAGUAAGCCCUAUGUACUGAAUGUCUGUUGCGACUUGAAUGGCGGCUUUAUUGCUGACAACUCGCCCAAAGUCGAGCUCUGGCGUGAGCACUUCGAGCACCAUCUUAAAGUCGAUACCCUACCCACCACGUCCUUGUCUCCUUUGCAGCGGAGUUUUUCCCUCUCCAGCUUAUGCAGUGCCAGUGUCGACGCUCUGGCGCCCUGACUCCAUGCAGCGAUUGAAUAAUCGUGGAGAGACGAGGUUGUUCCUGAUGACUGGGGCUCAGACAUCCCUGUAACAUUCCUCAAAGACGAAAAUAAGGUAAGAUGCGAGAACUACUGCGGCAUAAGCCUCAUGGACGUUGCUGCAAAGAUCUUCGUGAUUGUCCUACUCAGGCGAUUCCAGGCUGUGCGUGACUCAAGGACGAGGCCCAACUAAGCCGGGUUUCGUGCUGGACGAGGGCGUGCGAAUCAGGUAUUCACACCGAGGCACAUUCUCGAAUUUCGUCGUGGCUGCCAGCAACCGACGGCCGUCCGCUUUGUUGACUUUGCCGCCUCAUUCGAAUCCGUUCAUCGUCAGUCCCUGUGGGAGAUAAUGGCACUAGAUGGUGUACCGCCCAAAAUCAUUGCUUCCCUCUCCUUAGCUGAAUGAUGUUACUCAUUUGGAAAAAGGCUACGUGCCAUUCUGAUUCAGUAUGGCAACGAUUGCGACGUCUGAAGCAUCAGUCUCGACAACUAACGGGGUAUCGCACUGACCAGUGACCAUUGUGUCCUUUGCUAAUUCCUCCCUAAGAGCCUCAAAUGCAUCCAUUACCUUCGAUGGUAAAGGCAAAGUUUUGUUGUGAAUGAGGAGAUGAAUUUUAUCUGAAAAGUGAGAUACCCAUCGUGAGUAGUCUGCAAACAGUCGCACAGUUCGUUGUUGGGACUUAAGAUCAUGCGGAGGAGCCAUUUUACGCAAGAGCCUUAGACGAACCAGAUCCAGCCUAGCGUUGCCCAUUGGAUGCCUUGGAACCAGGAAGUUUGGCUCGUUUAACACCAUUAACACUUGGCGUCCAUGAAUGUUAGUCCGUACGUUUCGAUCACGCUAAGGAAUUUUCGAAGGGUUGGAUCAUGCCCCGCGAGGCCGUCCCCACAAACACUGAUAUUGUCCACGUAGACGAAAAUAUUCUUUAGACGCUCGCGUACAAUUAUGUCGUCGGUGAUCUGCUGGAAGCACGCAACCCCGUUGUUCACACCAAACGGGAUACGACAAAAUUGCUAUAAACGUCCACAAGCUUCAAAGGCAGUGUACGAUCUUCCCUCUAGCCGGAUGGACAUUUGGUGAUAGGCCUUCUUGAGAUCAAGGGUGCUGUACGUGUCGUAGUUUGCAAUAUAUAUUCAAUCAUUUCGUCUAUUCUGGGAUAGAAGUAGGUGUCUAGAAGUGUGUAUCUGCCGAUAGUUUGGCUAUAAUCGACAACCAUCCGCUUUUUGUGGUCUUAAUUGGCUAUCACCAAAACUUGGGCUCUCCAAGAGGUUAAUGAAUGCUCACUUACGCCCUCAGAAAGAAGGCGACAAAUUUCUUCUCGUAUAAAUCGCUCGUCGACAUUGGUACGGGGAAGUUAGACGCAAGCGGCAGCCACAGCAAAAGGCGAGAACGUAGGUUUAGGUUCACCAAAAGGAAUUUCAGCACUUGUAGAGUCGGAGAAAGUCAUGUCCAAGUAGAACAUCGGCGCACAUAUCUGGCAAGACCGAUAGCUUGGCCUUCUCGCAUAUUGUACCUUCCUUGUGUGGCGCUGGUAAGACGGUGGUUCCCAUGGAUAUUUGGGUGCGAGAGUUAUGAACCUUCUGCUUUUUUGGAGCACCACUGAAAAAAUGUAACUUUCAGAAAUAUCUGUGUCACUUAGGGCCUGGAAAGUAGUCCAUUUAUCUGUAGUUCAACCACUGCGUUUGAGAGACAGCCAGGAGCAGCAGCUGAUGCCACGGCAGAAGUGGUAGGAUACAUAGCGGAAGCGACGACUUUUCGGUUUCGUGAUGUUAGGCACACCUUUUGGAAUUGCCCCAUUUCUGCCGCAUUCUUUGCAUAACGCAUAGCGCGCGGGAGACCGAACGACGGUGCCUGUCGUAUCCACAAAAGAAACAUUUGCUACCGAAUGAAGCAGAUGCCAUUAGGGCAGGCUCUUUAACGGUAUUCGACGAAGCUUCACAUGAUUCAAUAGCGGCAGAGAAUGAGGUCGUCGGAGGGUUCUGAUACGACCCUGCCAACUCCGGUGACCUUGCCCAAUCAAAGGUAGUUUGGAAGUUCAAAUUCUUCUGCUUCAAUAGCCUCUGCCGAAUCUGGUUUGACGAAAGGCCACUGAUGAACGCAUCUCUGGUGGCAUCGUCGCGAUUUUGUUCUGACGUAACGGUUUUAAAGUAGCAGUUCCCAGCUAAGGACUUUAGCUUUUGAACAAACUGGUCGAGGGUUUGUCCGCCUUCCUGUCUGCAUGUUGCCAGAAGAUGGCAGGCAAAGCUUUCAUUCUAAGGUUUUAAGUGGAGAUUUGGUAGCAAUUUAACAGCUUCUCCGUAACUGGAGCAUUCUCUAAUGCAUUCCUAGACUUUUGGAAAAACGUAGUUAGUCCGAACGCUUAAUUAGUCCGGUUGCAGGCUAUCGAUCGUGGACAAGAAAUUUUUAAAAGCGCGAAACCAAUGGUUCCACUCUUUAGAGGCGUCUUGAGCAUUCAGAUCAACAUCGAAUCAUUCUGGCCUAAGAAAUCGAUCUUUUCUGGAGUUGUAAGAUGAGUACAUUAUUGUAGCUAGGACACUAGCUAGCGUGCACACCAGAGGGGGACACAAACAAAUGGGGAUGCAAGAAUCAGAACGAGGAUACCAUAUACUAGGGCCCUAUUUGUCUUGCAAUUGAAGAAAUGGAACUAAAACGAGAAAUAGAACAGAAGAAGAUAAGAUGGAAUUUCACCGGGCCAUAAGUUAACAUGACACCUAUCUUCACGGGGGAGGGGGGAUAAGGCAAAUUGCGAAACCUACUGCGACACCAAUCUCAUCAACGUUCUUGUGAAGGUCAUCGUCAUUGCCAUUCUCGAGCAAUAUCAGAAUUUGCGUGAGUCGAGGACCUGAGCUGCACGUGAAUGUGCCGACCAGAUAUUCACACAGUGGCGCAUUCUUAAAUUCGUCAUGGUUACUAACACCCGACGAGCGUGUUUUGUUGAUUAUGCCGUAGUCUUCGUCUUCGUCCAUUAUCCGUUACGGUGGCAGAUAAUAAAACUCGAUGGUAUGCCGACAAAUUAUCGCCAUGAUUAUGGCCGGUAAUCGCUCCACCACCACGAGUUCUAGCCUAAAACACUCCGCUAGCCUUUUGAUAUUCGGUCCGGCGUUCGACAAGGUCGUACUCUGUUGUCCAUUCUGUUCAAUUUCAUCGUCAACUAAAUUCUCGGAAGAGCCCUAGACGGCUUUUAUAAAGUCGAUUUUCUACCCAUGUGCUUUUCGAUUGAUGUUGACAACGCUGACAAUAUGGUCCUUUUGACAUGAAGCUUUUGUGACCUAUAGAACGUAAUGCCACGGGCAAAGGUGGUUGUUUCAACGGUUGGUUUGUCGGUCUACAUACUGCGAAGCGCAAAAUUGCUUCGAGUUGCCUUUCUGACAAGUAAAAUGUACCGCUAAGAAUGACUGACUUAGCGAAAUAAACGCUUUCAAAUACCUCAGACGAAGAAGCUAGCAGGUGGACUUAGUUAAAUUGACGUUUUCUUCUUAAUCGAUACUGCCCGCAGGAUUUUCGCAGUUCCUAGGACGUUUCUAUGGGCUCGAUGCGAUAUUCCCACCUCCAGAAAAGUCUGCGUGUGCCGUGCAUCCGUCCGUCCAGUUCUGUGCAGUCGUGUAUGUCAGAUUAAGCGCGUGGGAGAUGGACGAAAACUAGAGCUGCUUGAACCGCCGUUGCCUGGGAAGCGUUCUUUGAGUGGAUUUUAGCGACUUUAUCUCAAAUGAGACUGCGUUCACUGCGACAGCAUUACGAGGACAUACCUGACCAUCCUAGAAAGGCGACUGCUGUGGUUUAGACACGUUCUUUAUCGCCCGCACGGGUUUAGUGUUACUUCCCUCGACCCACUGCCGCUGCCGUCCUGCAGUCACCGAGGUCAGCUCCAAAGCUGACGCAACACAGUCCCUCUGAAUACGGAGGUGGCUUUUGAACUCGUGGCUAUCGAUCUCCAUCGCCAGAAAUCAGGGCUAGUCGAGUUCGUCAGAGCCGCUGUCGCAGAUCGUCACGUGUGGAGAGGUACAAUCCGUGACAUCAUCGAGGCUGGUAGGAUCAGCCGUGAUCACAUCCGUACCAAGAAUAAUUUGGAGUCUAGUCUCCGUGUGUAAGAAGAUGCCCCUGGAAACCAGUCCAUAGUUCGCGUCUGGCUUCCUCGACGUGGUUUUGUCAUCCCCAUUGCAUCGGACUUUAUGCACAACUGCGAAGCUUCAGCCAGCGACAUCAUGUAAUGAAUUGUAGGCGACGGUUUGUAGGCCGUGCCUAUCUCUGGGGCCGUCGGCGGCCGGGAGGCCGUCCCAUGGAUUUCCUUGGUGUAAGUUAAUGUCCUUCACACUUGGCUGCCGUUCUUUUGGUUGUCCUCCCGCUGUUAUAUCCAAAAGCAGUUCGAUUGUUGCGAACGACGUCUUCAGCCUGUCCCACGGAGUGGGUGCAGCAUUGGCGAUAUACUCAUGAAUUCGUUUAUAGUAAGACAGGCUUGUGCAGCAUCUACCGCACUCUCUUCCCUCAUCCACUUUGCCCCGGUGGCAUGACAAAGCAAAAGCAACCGGCAGUGGGCUCCGGCACGGUAGUUGGCAAUGUCAAAAGAUCUGUCUGCGUAUCCCACACGACCUGAUCCCACUACAUUUCAGCCUUUUAUAAGGGCCACUCAGAUCUCACAUGAGGGAGCCAUUGCAGCAUGACCUAGUCCUGGGGAGGACCGUGUUGUCCCGUCCGUUGUCAACCUUGUAAGCCACGACGUCGUGAUUGAUUUAAGCGCACCAGGUUUGUUAUAGUGAAAGGAGCGCUGAUUUGCCGUGGUGAUGGAUUCUCCAGUUUCGGCUUCGCCUUUUUUUUAUCUCACAUUCACCAGUCGACUGUUAACGAGCUGGUGAUGAAGUUGGGCGCAGAGGCUAACUGGGCGUGAGGGCCUACAUCUAGGCUCGCCACCACACCCCUCUCAUAUACGACAGCAGUUAUGGUCGUCCGCGCUGCCCAAUAAACGCCUGCCACAAACCAGUCUGAUCCCCGUUCUUGCGGCGCAGCCCCUUGUGGGGACCAAUGUUAUGCACCUACAGGACGGCGACCACUAAGCGAGACAUCGGAAAGAUCGAUAAUGACGGGUCACACGUGUGAAUUUCAUCUUUUUUGCGCAGCACAUGUCUUGGCAGCAAGACGACAGACCCGGCUAUUCGAAAUGUCGUCUGGUUAUUAAGAGUGUUCCUCUUCCUUCUCAAAAUAUCCCUCUGGGACCCUUAUAUCUGCUCAUUCAUAGGGCCGCCUUAUCGGUUGGCGUGACCGAGGCUCCACAUCACCUAUUUGCUGAGGGUAAAGUUUUCUGGUUUUGCAUUCGCCACGUUCUGCUCCGAAUGAAACCAAACGCACUGAAUCGUUUUCACGACAUAAAAACUUUGGGCAAAAAAGUUGAGAUUGUCUAUACCCAAAUCUUCGGUACGUAAUAUGUUCAGGCUUUGAAACUUUUCAACAACAUUUUCACCUGUGUCCACUCGUUCUACUUUUUAAUGUGCCCUAUUUCUACUUUAUUUAGCGAUUUUUGGUCUGGCGAUGUCGUUGUUCCACGUGAGCGUGUCGACCACUACGUGAAGCUUGCUUUGGACCAUUCCUCCGACCUCGCCAACUAUUUCAGGCAUGCACUUCUUGUAGAAAACUACUUGGACUCCUUGAAGGUAAUACUGCAAGUAUUGAAGGCCAUUUGUAUACACGUCUGGGAAUGCCAUACGCAAAGCGACUUACUUUUGGACUGAGUUUAAAUCAAGCCUGUUUCAGAUCUGAGUUCACUACACCCUUAUCUGAACGGUCAGUGCACUCGUUCCUAUUUGUUUUGUACACAGGCAAUAGCUUCACCAUAUUCCUGACAGGGGAAUCAACUAGAUCUCAAACAUUCGGUUAACCGACUUCUGCAACUUCAUGUUGCAGUUGUGAUGGGUUCGGCCCAUCUCUCUGUCCCGCCAGCAUUCCAGAUGGUUUAUUGCUUAACUUCGACUAGCAAGUUGUACCUUUUCCUUCCUUGGGAAAGUGUCGGAAGGAAUAUACUAUUCUGAACUGGAUAUCACGGGGGUUAAUUUAAUAGCUUUUCUCCCGAAAACAGCGUAAUUUUUCGAUCAUUGUUACUGCUUUUGGCCGUCAGUUACCUCUUACGUCGUACUCGUAGUCUGUUCCAUGUCCACACCAGACACUUUCACAACUAACUAAGGUGACACACCUACGGUUUGACCCUCCUCUUUUGGUCGCAAUCAUUGUAUUCGUAGCCUCAUGCAGGGAAAGGGCGUGGUUUGGUAUGAGAGUCCUUUUGAGGUCGCCUCAAGAGGUAUGGUAAUAACUUUGCUUCCACCUUGUCCGUUUAUUUUCACAGAAGCAGCCUCACCAUAAAGUUUCAAGCAUCACUCUACGUCCUUUGCAAGUCAACGUUUUUUUUCUUCCAGUUUGGUCUAUACAUGUACAUGCUCUCCAUACUCGGCGGAUUUUUCAACCUGAUCACUCUGGUCACAAUUGGUAAGCACAUUUCUUAAACUUCAGGGCUAUUCGAUCGCCCCUUCAUUACAUGUUCACCAACGGGGGAAUUUGCGACUCGCAUGCAUUAUUGCGUCCUCCCCCACCCCCAAUCCGCACCGGUUUUAACACUUCAUAUUAUGAUUAAUUUUCUGUUUUCAGCCUUCGUCCUUCUUUUCACUCUGCCGAAACCGUAUAAAGUAUAUCAGGUGAGCAUCACAACUUUUAGCCAAUAGGGAGAUUUCGCGCCCACUUUGCCCCGUUUUUACCUCGCAGUAAAUUGAAAAACUUGAUUUUCCAGUGUAUGGGUCUCCCGCAAACUUCUUUCCGGUCGACAGGCGGCAUGCCAGUAAUUAUAGAAUUACUUUUGCACUUUUCGACUUCUGCCUUCGAAGGCGGCGGAUCAUCAAUAUUUACUCUUAUGCCCUGUGGGCAGUACAAGCAUUUGUCCUUUAUAUUUUCUUCGGAAGACUGCAGUAAUGCGGUGUAUUCAGACGUCUGGAGGAGGCUAUUUAAAGUCCGGUCUCACAAUGAGCUUUUUCUCACCGGCGGCCACCUGGCCCUACCUAGCACAGCAUCGAAACAAAAGUGUAUCGGUGUUGACUAGAGUAAUUACUUUUUGAUCACUCAAGGGCUCACCAAGUUGGCCAUUCCGCACGAUUUCACUUUGCCUGCCACUCUGCCGAAGUCAUCCUGCUUGUAUUUCUGCCAGCCCUCCGCCACCCCUUAGAUUUGCGACUUCUGACACGACUUUCUUUUACGAUUUCUUUUUUGUUGACUUUCUAGUCUCAAAUCGACGAGGCCAUCAAUGCUGCCCGUAAGCGAUUCGACGACGUUUCGAGCAAGUAAGUUUAGGUCGAAUUUUCUGCGCCCUUUUCAUCUCUGGUCGCUUUCAUCAGGAAACCAGUCAUAAGUUGCCGUCGUAACCUGAUAAUAAGUCAUUACUCCCUCUCACUUGACGGCCUGUCUUAGUAAUGCUAGUACAAUUUAAUCACAUGUUUUUACUAACCACGGGAGACUUGCAUUUAUUGGAUAAGUGCUUAGAAAGUUGAAGUAGGCAGUACUUUUCGUUAUCAGUAGCUCGUAACCGCAGUUAGACAGAGGACGUGCAUUCAAUUGUCAGCGGUUAGUCGGCGUUUGCGGGGGGUACUAUUCCUAGAGCAACCAGCACAGGACGUCUUACAUCAUUAGCCAACUUUGCUAUGUGAAAUUGUCUGCCUAAAAAGUGCUGGAUUAGGGCUUCUAUAUGUGUUCUUCAUCAGUAUCCUCACAGCCCUGCCUGCUGGACUAAAACCUGUCCGAGAAACCCCAAGCUCGAGCAUUCCAUGUUUGCACUGUUGAAGUAAUUUUAAUAAUUUCCAAUAUACAGCAUCUGCACAACAGAGUUUUGAUCCGAACUAAGAGAGCGAAAUUGGAAUCAAGCAUUUGUCAGUUUCUUUAUUUAAGCCAGAUCGCCUUAUUGUUUUCCACCUCGGGUUUUUAUCACCGACUGUGAAACCUCGUCUAAUUUGGCCGUGCGCUUCUCGGCUCAUAGUGUAAACGGGACAGAAUCACCUAAGCAGAAAAUGGUUUGUAAUUCCCGUUUUGCCAUAAUCCCGCCCAUUUUGACACUUAUCGCUUGGACCCCUGUCUAUAGGACUGAUAGUGACUACCUUGAGGUGAAACCGGGCGCGUUAAACUCAAAUCACACAAUCUUGGCCUCCAACGGCUGCCUCGGCUUAAGCCACGUUUACCUUUACGCCCCGUAUGCUCAAACGGGCUUGCCAUUGACGUCAGGCUACCUCCCAAUCGACAAAGCCUCCCGGUCGUUAAAAUUUGCCCGCCCGUCAAGCAACCUCCGCUCACCCGCCGUUUGAAGGCUGUCAGUGACGAAGUACCGGAAAGAUUAACCUUUUCAAACGGAUUGCCAUUGGGGAAUAUGGCACGUGGACAGAUUAUGAGUGCAUUUUCCCGAUAAACAUUUGAACCAUCACCUUGCGCUUCCCUCCGCCGUCGUAUUUGCAAUGAAAGGGUGCUCUGAUUACCAUAUUUUGGCCAACGUUAUUGCCUAUGUUUGCCUGAGGUCUGACACGAGUGUCUGGGCUUUUUUAAGUCGCUGCUCCAUUCGUCUGGCCUCGGCAAAACCGAGUGUGGACGUCAUCGUACACCCCGAGCAAACAAGGAGAAAAAUGUGCACAAUUCUUCAGAUUCAACUGCUGUCCACCAAGUAGAGUCGUGAGCGUACAUUAGUCACCAGGAUAAUCAGGUUACGCUUUAAACAGUAGUUUAAGGUGGGAAUACCAUAAGGAAAGAUUUAUUAGGCGCAUAGACCCCAACUUCUCUUUCAGGCGACAGUGUCACUGCCGGUGAACCAGGGCACGCGACGACAACAUUAAGCCGUUAAGUCGAGGAUUGAGUGUGUUGUCGACCAGUUUUCUGGAUUUGUGAAGCCAAGGUCAAGGAUAUUAUGUCUGAGCGACCUGCGAAGGAGAUGAUCGCUCUGCGCUGAUCCGGACGCAUUUCUCCGGUGCGGCCAGUCGCCUGAGUUGUUUGAUCAGCAUGUCUAACGCUGGGGCGUCUGAGAUGCCGUGCGGUGGCCUUGUUUCGAGCGCGUUCGCAGCAGUGAGUUGCCUUGACGCUGCAAGAAGGGGCGAUUGGUAGCGCCAUAAUGUCAGCUCUUGCACUCUUCACAACUGAACAGCGCCUUCUCACCUACCGCGAGCUUGUUUAACAGAACAGCUAAACCGUCCGACCUAUGUAACUCGCAUAACCUGGUAUGUUGCAAUCUCCAAGCUAUCAAGAGGCGGAGCGCACGGUUCCAGAUGUAUCACUAAAGCUGGUAAGCCUAUAGACUACUUCUUGUAGAUACCAAGGGUUUCCAGCCGCAGUGCACCAUCACUUGUACUGUCGGUUAAAAAGGCACCUCCAUUAAUAUUCUGAAGGGCAUUUGUACUCUCAGCCGAGUUACUACAGUAUGCAUUUGCGGUCGUUUCUUAGUUGCACCCGUUUAUAAUUAAAGUAGGACGUCCAGCCGUGCGAAGGAGAGCUCACCGUCAUAAUAUGAGUUUAAGAAAGAGAGACAAAUUAUCAUUUGUCGCUCCUUCGUCGUAGGGUCCAGCACUUGAUGGCCUUCUUUCCCCGCAAUUACAACACACCGUCGUGACAGGCUUACAUUAACUUUGAUCGAGGCAUCUACCAUUCAUUCUAUUAAGAGGCCGUCGUGAAUCCUGCAGCCAUUAUUCCUCUAGUUUUUUAUGGCUAAUCUGCGGACCGUUCGCGUCCAACGAGUUUAUAGUGAAAAGAAAACAAAAUUUAUGCUCCUGCCUGGGAAGAAAUGAUCUUUCCGUUCGUCACAAUUCCGGUUAUGUAGGACCACCAUCUCCUUAGCAGGACGAAAUACUGAAUUUUGCUGGCUGGACUAAGGUUUUUAUGCCCGCUAAAGACCUCUUUCCGUCCUGUACAAGCAAACGGUAUGUUUUUAAUCAGGAAAUUGGUGAAAUGGGCACAUUUCUUUGAUGUACCCGAAUUGACCUUCAAUAAUCCGCAGACAAGCUUAGUGCGAUAAGUGGCCCGAGUUGUCGAACCUCGUGUCGCAGUCAACCCCAGAUUUGCUACUUAGGGCUAAGAUCGCGGGGUUAGAUAAGUCAGCGAAUCAGUAUUCACCCAGUAGUCAUCGAUAAUCGUGACAUAUUCCUUCUCAUUGGUACCCCGGUGCCCUUUAACACUUGGGUGAUGAAUGACUAGGUCCUUUGCUGUAUUUGUGUACAUUUCUGUCCAUACAUGCAGUAGCCCUUCACUCGCUUGAGUCGUUCCCUGGAUGCCCCGCUGUUUUGUCAACUCAGACCUUAUCCAAACAAAAUCUGUAAGGAUUGUUGUAUUGACUACAUCUCACAAAAACCCAACGGAGUGUUUGUCUUUUGGUGACUUCUUUGUCCCGACACCAUAUUAAGCGGUAGGGAGUGGUUCUUAGCAAUCAUGGCUAAUUAGCCUUCUAUUCAAAAGAGAGACCCAAUAAAACUUGCCAGAUACGUCUAUAAGGCUCAGGAAUGAAUCGUAGCGAUAGUUAAUCCGUCGUAAUCGGCAGUGGACACGCUCUCUUAGCAAAGAUUCUGGUCACUGUGCAGUGUUGUAGCCUCACAGUGCAUACCUAAAAGCACCCCUGGCUAAUUGAAACAUCAGACCUCAUUUUAGCUCUCUUUAUCGAUCCUUGUUAACAAAAACCACAAAAGCAAAUGUGCAUAGUCACCGUUUAUUCCAACCCUGGGCGAAGAGACAAGACCAACUCGAUACGGAGCCCAAUUACCUCGCUGAACAUUUAAUCCUGCCUGCCUGUAUGUUGAGAACUAUUAACUCAGUUGCGCUAUUAUUUCCAUUUUUCGCUACUGUGCGCACGAUUGACCAAACAGAAACGAAGACAAGGCGCAACCGAACUGAAGCAGUUUGGUUUUUAAUUUUUUUCGGGUUCUAAGCGGACUGACAGCGCCCGGCAGACAAAAAUUGAUCUGUUGCCGGUCAUCUUAAACCCCGUGUGCAACCGCCCGUAGGUUACAAUGUUCAUUGUGGACGCCAAGGGCCCGUAGUUUGAGAAUCAGCUACCCCCCGAUCACCUUAAAACUAAAAGUUCCUGGUCACGAACCUAACAGCGACAGCAUUCAGGCGAGACACUGACAGCUGAUGCUUUAUUAUCCGAUAUACAAACGGUCGGGCUUGUCGGUGCUACCGAGGCACAUUCUAAUCAAUCUUCAAAUCGCGAAGAUCAGUAGCCGCAGGGCCGCUAUUUGCUGUUCUUUCGUAGUCUGUAUUGCCACGUAUCAUGACGUUUCAUUGUUUCGCGCACCCUUUGCCGAAUUUCGAAAUUGGUGUGCUUUUUAAUCAAUCGACAAUUCACUCCGAAAUCGAUUUCUUUUACCAAUCAACGCUUUCGUAGUGUUUAUUGUAGCUGCGUGAGUGCACUCUGUUGUGUUCUUGCACUUUGACGCAUACGAAAGCGGCGUUACUCGAAUCUCCAAAGAUCAUGCACUUUGGUAGCCAUAUAGUAGUAUGAUCAGAAAACUGUCAAUCAUCCUAAACGUCUACUUUAUCGUUUUUUCCAGAAUUAAGACCCUACUAGAAAAAGUACCAGGGCUACGCAAGGCCAAAACAAACUAA